CAGUGGAUGUGUUUACGCUCCAUUUUUUCGGUUCCACCGGGUUAAGAGCAAGACCUGUAAAACAUCCCCGCUCAGAAUAGAUGGAUCAGCUCUGUUUGAUCUGAGGGAAAGCAGAGGUCCAAUGCAAACUGUUCUUGUCUUACAGGUAAUUAGAGACCCUGGCACUGGUACAUCACGACAGCAGCAGGGUUACCAUGGAGACUGGCAAACCGGGAUUGGCGAAUGAUUCAGUGCACAUCAGCUCCGUCGCAGCGCAGACAGAGAAAAGGAUGGACUACCAGGCCCCGCUGACGGCUGUGUACAUCCACACGGUGCCAGCUCUGCCCGCGCAGCCUUACCCCCUCCAGUCUCCAGCGGCCUCCCGGGAGCCAGCCACACUCCAUCUGGCCAUGCCGGCGCUUUACUCCAAGGAAACUCUCCCCUUCUUGACAUUCCAUAUUGCUAGUGGAUUGCAGUCUCAGCCAGGACUGAGUCUGGCAGCUGCCAUUCCUGCAGCCAGACCCAAGUCUGCAGGAAAGCACGUGUGUCCUCACUGCGGACGGGACUGCUUGAAGCCCAGCGUGCUGGAGAAGCAUCUCCGCUGCCACACCGGGGAGCGGCCUUACCCCUGCAUCACUUGUGGAGUUUCUUUCAAGACUCAGAGCAACCUCUACAAACACAAGCGUACGCAGGCUCACGCCCGCCUCUCAUUUGAAUCAGAGCUGAGCAGCCUGGACAGCAUGUCCGGCUCCAGAGAGACCUCCAGUUUGUCUCUGGAUGAGCGCAGCGAGGAGUCGGGCAGCCUGGACAAGGAAGCCACACCAUCUGCAAAUGAGACCACCUGUCUAGCCAGCAGUGCAAAGGUCUAUUCUGUAAAGACACAAGGUUUUCUGAGGGAGCAGAAUGCAUUGACUAUUACCGGUCAGAAGACUGAAGUGAAGGAAGUUGUAAAACAGAGGAUGGAAAAUGAAAAAACAUCGGCUACCGCCAAUCGACAUCUUCCUAUUCAGAGGCAAGAAGCCACUCUGUUCUCCAAGCAGUGGGAGAGCUCCGAAGGGAAAUCGCAGAGCCAUGAGAGCACAGACUCAGGCUUCAGUGAGAGCAGUGACCACUACCCGAGCCCCGGCAGCCUUUUACCUGAUCAAAGUACGGACUCCUUCAACGAAUCCACCAAGGAGCAUCUUGAAGAAACCGCCAGCGCACAAAUGACUUCUGGACCAGGCCAAGGUGGACAGGAACCUAAAGGCACUGCGAGGCAGCAGGAGCAGAAGAAGCUGGAGGAACGCAUAACUAAGCUGAUUUCGGAGAAUACAGCUGUUGUGGAGGACAAACAGCUCGAGCACGUCAGGCCGCGGAAGACAGUUCUGUCAAAGCAGGGUAGCAUUGACCUCUCACUGCCGUACACGUACAAGGACUCCUUUCACUUUGAUAUGAGGAUCAGUAAGCCUCCAACUAUUGGGUUACAAAGAAGCAGGAACCUUAACUUCAACAGCUCUGUGCCCACUCAGCGAUCCAACACCAUGGAGCAUGCCCCCCUAACCCGCAGCAGCUCCCUUCCUUUUAGCGUUACCCUCCUGCAGCCAGAGAGGAGCAGCCCAACCCCUUCCUUUCAGAGCGAUUGUGUAACACUUGGCCGGAGAGGAAGCUCUGGCCAGAUCAAUCCAACAGGUUUUGCAAUGAGGCAUUCAUCCACCCACCGGCCAUUGGUCCGACAAUCAGCCGUCGACGGCAACCACGCAACAGACGGUCUCUUCGCAAAUUCAUCUGUGGUGGAGGCGUGCGCCAGCAGCCUCAGCUGCGAUGGGGAUGGUGGUGACAUUUGUGGAGAGCCAAGCAACAGAAAGAUCCGAAGGAAAAAAGCCCCAAAGUUUGCCUUCAACAAGUGGUACAUGUACGGGGGAGGGACAUUUAAGAAGCUCUACAACACCGAAAAGGGCGGCGAUGACGGUGUUCGCAAAGGCAGAAAAUGUCCAGGAAACCCAGAGCACGAGGUCUUUCAGGGCCUGUCGAAAAGGCCGUCAGCAGUUCCGAAGGAGACGGCAACAACAAUGAACUUCCCAAGCAGCAGUGCAACGGCGUGCCAAGCAGGCUGCACUCCUGCCAGACUUCCCCUCGUCUCUGGGGUGGAUUUGAAUACCAAAGCUGACCAUAUUCACACACCAUGCAGCUCUGUCAGGUCUCCACUUCGGAGAAACCAAACAGGCAGCAUCAGCAGAGCAGAAGCAGGGAGAAGGCUUGAUGGAGAAAAGUAUAUUGACUCCACCUUGCAGCUGUUUGAAGCUCAUGUUCCCUCAGGCAGGAAGAAACAGAAAACUGACGAGAAACUAAUUUUUCCUCUCGGGAUGGAAACCGACCCACACACACCGACUCAUCCCCGAACCUCUGUCACUGGCAGUGUGCCUCAGCAGGAUACAAAUCUCAGUUACAUCAACCUUCAGACAAAUCUGAAACAUACUCAGCUCCCAGCAACUCUCUUCCCAACAUGCAAAAUCAAUGCACAUACACCGUCCGUCAGCUGCUCGCCAGCCACGUCCACACCCUCCCCUGCCGAGGCCAGCUUCCUGCCCAAGUACCAGCUCAAGUUACCGAAUGCCGCUGAACCCGAGUCAAGUACUUCACCGCAUGUUGUGGAUAAACCGGCAGGAACUGGUGGCCCCACCAUCACCCCUGCUCUGUCAUCUCCUCGCACAGAGAUAACCUCACCUGUCGUCAAAACUUCGGAAAAGAAAUGCGACGGUGCCGCCAGCUCAGCGUCAACGAAUGCUUUCAGUUCCACACAAGACCAGCUCCCCACGCCUUGCACAGCCACGACCCUUUGUUGGCCUGAAACGCCACAACUGAAUCCAAACGCGACUUCUUGUUGUGCAGUCAUGCACAGGCAAUUUCCAGGAACCACAAUAACCACAACCUGCCUGCAAAAUGAUCAAGCAGGAUUAUGCACCAAUUCAAUACACGCCACCGCAUCUGCAGCUGGCUCAGCGGCGCUGCAGUCACCCGGACCCGUUGCACCCACGGGUUCUCACUUCCCUGCUACAUCUACCACAACCACAGCAAACAGUACGUCAGCUGCUGCCGUCACUACGGCUUUAGCACAAGGUCAACCUGACCCUACCCCCCCUCUGUCACACACACAACUCUCGCCAGCGUCAGACCUUUUAAACAGCGCAUACGCCACCUCAGUUGUACCGUGUCACAUUGUACCAUUUGAUCAGAUGCAGCCGAAUGCUCAGAACGUGUUUCACAUUCACACAGCAGACCUCCAGAUCUGCUUCCAGAUCAUAUCUGACGAGCAGCUGGCUCUCAUUGAACCCCAGAUCGAGAGGCACGCAGGUAGCGACGUCUCGCAGACGCGUGACGUGGAAGUGAUCCGGAACGCAGCUCAAAACUCUGUUGCAAUGGGAAGUGGUCAUGAUGGAAGGAGCCGCCAACAGCCAGGACAUCAACAGGAGUUGGACCAAAGGGAGUCUCCACUCACACUUGACACAAUGAGAAUAAAACCUCCGCUGUCUGUACAAUUUGGGACAGCAGAGCCAAAUCUCCACCUGACCGAACUCAGGGAUUCCACUCAGGUUACAGUAUCAGCUGUAUCCACAGGCUCGCCACUACACCCACACACACACAGUCAUGUCAACAUGGUCACUGUGACUCAGAGCUGUAUGGGCGAUGUGAAGUCAACUGCUGCUUCGCUCCAAGGUGUAGCGUCAGGAAGGAGCCAAACGUCUGAGCAGGAGGAGCAACGUUUGCCAAACAGAAGGGUCAGCCAAGGUGAACUGAUCCCUCAAACUCCCUCUGGCGAACACAAACUUAGCGAGACCCCUCUCUCUCCCAGCGCUGUGAAUCAGAUUAAUAGCGAAAGACUGGCCGAAGAAAGCAAACUUAAAAAUCAAGCAGCUCCAUGUAGUGUAGGGACGAUGAGCGACAUGGGCAAAACGCCUGCAUGCAAAAACAGCAGAUCCAAAGGUGGGGAAACGAACCCCCCUCUGCCGGUUAGGCUUGUUCCGGCCUCCGGUGCUGGAUAUGAACCUCCUGGGUCAGUGUCUUCGUUUCCCAUAAAUAAAUGCUAUUCUUCCAGAAAGUUGGACACACACUCAUCCAUCUGCUGCAGUGAUCGGUUGGAAGCAUUAUCAGAGACUCCGGAUUCAUCUAAACAUGCAAACAUGGGAUGUGACAGGGCGGGACCUUCAGAUGAUUCUGCCCCUACACAGGAUAGGACUGAGGACGUAAUCAGCUCAACCCCUUCGGAAAAACAACUGGCUCCGUUUACGUCAGUGUCUUCUAACAUCCAGGUAGAGAGACCCAAAGACACCCCAGCUGUGUCUACACAUAUUCAGAGCCCUACUGCAGGAAUUACGGAGGGAUGUGUUGCCCAGAAGGAGCCGCAGACACUGGGAUGGAUAGGGACCCCAGCGACCCCAGGGCGGCCAGAUGUCACAGAAGGGAGGCCCAAGCAGAGUCAAGAGGCCAGGAGGGCAAACCGGCAACACGUGGAGGGGGAGGAUGAGAACGGAGGAUUCAAGGCCUACUGGUUGUCCGGGCGGCGGGACCAGGCCGAGUCCACCUGCACAUACACAUGUUUACCAGAGAUGCCAGAGGAAGAAGACACAGUGAUCAAGGAGGAUCUCUUGAAACACUCUUGGCAAUCUGAGCAUCAUCUUCAGCAUCUUUCUCAGACGCACUCAGGAAUGUCUGAAUGCCCUCCACGGAGCCCUCAGAGAACUCCGAACAACCUCAAUUCGCCUGCCAGCGGCGGUCAGAGUGACAUUUUCAAUUCUCCACAGCUCCCGUUGGAUAUGAACAACUUCGGUUUCGCGCAACAACACUGGGAAAGCAGCAGCAUCCAUCACCAACAGGUCUCAUGCGACUCUAGUGUGAGUCGGCGUAUCAACGCCCAAUUAGCAGACACACAAAAUGCUUUCUCGCAGAGUAAGUCCGGCCCUCUGCAGAAUCAAGCAUUUCCACACCGGGACAGAACACAGAGCAGCAUCACUCAUGUUCAGCAAGGACAUACAGAUGCUAAGUUGACAAUGGACAGUGACAGGAGCCCAAGUGUCUCGCCUGAUUCUCUUUCUGCUCAAGUCAGUAGAGCUGCUGCUGGGUGGACUGGCUUGAACAAGAAUGUGCUGGAUAAUAACACUGCGCCUCCAUCAGAGCCUUUUACAUUCCCAGAACCUUUUGAUUAUAACGACACAAAGGACGGGGCACCAAAUGAAGACAACAAGUACCAGUCUUUUUUCUUGUCCGGCCAGCUCAAUGGCUUCCAGCCGGCCGAGUGUCUGUCCAGUGGGGAGAGGCCCGUGCAAAGCUGCCAGAACCACACAGAGGACACCAGCAGCAGCGACGAUGAAGGGAAGCUCAUCAUCGAGCUUUAGCUGAACAAACGCACACUGCCAUCUGGAGUUUUAUCUGCUGCACAUUUAAAACAUCGACGGUUGAGCAAAGCUGAGGAACACACGUGUACACGCAAAAACAAGUCAAAAUAUGAAUAAAAAAGUGAACCGUCGUUGAGUGUUUUAGCUUUUAUUUUGAAUGACGCAUUCAAAAGUAAAUGGGCGACUUUGCAAGAACCGAAUGCCGGCCAGUGCUGCGUCCUAUCGGACCACCAAGUGUAUUUACAAGCUGAGAAGGAAAUGCUCCUCAAGAAGCUCGGCUACAAUAUCGCCCACAUGGAAACAAGAGCCGCAGCAAUCACUGAACCGGUCACAAAACAUCUGCAAGGCCACCACCGCAGGCAGUUACAGCCGAAUGAAACCCAAUAUGAAGACAAGUGUGGAGGAACUUGACAAAUAAAGGUCGGCUCCAUUCUUA